GCUUGACAACACGACUUUCAUUUAUUAUUUAAGUUUCCAAACAAUUUGGACUUUGCUCUUUUGUUUUCUUUAUUUUAGUUCUGUUAUUUGUUUUAUUUAAAUACUUGCAAGUUGCCGAAACAUGACGUCUUUAUUGAAAAACAUAGUUUUUAAACAACACAGAAUAAUGACAAGUUUAUUAAGAUUUUAUUCAUCAACCAGUGAAGUGCCUAAAUUCGAUACUUUAGCUGUGUCAGUGCCGAAAAAACAUGUUUUUCAUGUGGAACUGAAUAGGCCUAAGAAACUGAACACAUUUAAUCAUAAUAUGUGGAUAGAGAUGAAACAAUGUUUUGAAGCAUUGAGUCAGCACCCUGAAUGCCGCGUGGUAGUACUUUCAGCACAAGGGAAACAUUUCACUGGAGGCAUAGAUCUAAACAGUUUUAUGGAGAAAGCAAGUGAUAUCGGGGAAUGUGGAGAUCUCGCUCGGCAAGUGAGAUUCAUGAACAAAAUCAUUGGACUAUAUCAGGACGGCAUUUCCUCACUGGAGAAAUGUGUGAAGCCGGUGCUCGCCGUGUCCCACAACGCUUGCGUCGGUGCGGGGGUGGAUCUGAUUACUGCCGCUGAUAUGAGAUACUGCACAGAAGACUGCUGGUUCCAGGUCAAAGAAGUGGACAUCGGUCUCGCGGCAGAUGUGGGGACGUUGCAGAGAUUACCAAAAGUGAUCGGCAACGCGUCUAUAGCCCGCGAGCUGUGCUACACGGCGCGGAGGAUGGAAGCCAAGGAGGCGCUCGCGGUGGGACUCGUCAGCAAAGUUUACAAGGACAAGGACUCGGCCAUAGUUGGGGUGAUGGAGGUCGCGGAGACCAUAGCCUCAAAGAGCCCCGUGGCCGUACAGACCACAAAGCAGAGCCUCGUGUAUUCGCAAAGUGUCACCAAUGACGAGGGACUGGCGCAUAUUCGCCUCAUAAAUCAAGCAAUGCUACUUAGUGACGAUUUGAGCAAAUCUGCGAUGGCGGCAGUCGCGAAGGAACAGGCCGAAUUCGACAAUUACUAAUUUAGAAAACACAAGGGACAAAAUGUUGUAUAUUAUAUAAUUUGUAUAAAUUUUAAUAGAAAUAAAGUAUUAUUGUUAAUUUUGUAAA